UACUAAUGAUUAUAGAUGCUACUAUUAACAUCCAUAAUUAGUUUUAACAAUGAUAAGGACCUGGGAAGACUUUACCAUUUUGCUUGAUAACUUCCAUCUCCACGAAACCUCCGGUCCUCUUUCCAAAGGGAACAAAGGAAAUGUCGCUUAUCAUAUGUUACAUCCUUUUCCUUAUCAUCUUGACACUAAACUUGGUUGCUCAAGCAAGGCACAUUUGGGACUUGGGAGGCAAAAGUCAGUAUGUUGUUUAACCUUUCCCAACCCCCACCUUGAACUUGGCAUGAUGCCAAUCUUUCUUUUCUUGUCAUUCGUCAAAUCGUUGAUCAACUUUACGGGGUUUGAAACGAACUCGACGAGUAACUAUUGAGAUGUUAAUAUCAACUUUUGCGCACGUUAUGAUUUAGGUUCAUUAGAUAUUUUUCGAGACUAAGUUUACCGAAUAUUUCUAGGUCCUAACGACAGUCCGAGACAAGGAAUCAAGCACUUGUUGUCUCUCCGAACAAGAGUUCAUUAUAAAUUCUCUUUUGCCUUGAGAAUCAAUAGUGUAUUUCUCAAAACUUGGAUUCCCAUUUAGGGUUUUGGUAUCCUUACAAGUUACAAGAACAUAUUUAGCUUGGUUGAUGAGAUGGGGAUCAAGCCCUUGCCCUUCACCAACUGGAUGGAAAUCUGCAGUUUACUCCAUUAAAGGGUUGGAGGUAAAAAUAAGAAAUCGUUUGGGUUUCAUCUGUAGCAUGGAUGUUACAUCGUUUCUCAGUAUUGAGUCGCAGAACUUGUCAUUUAUAUUUUCAGUUGAUUUGCUGGUUGAGUUUCUUGUAUUCUAAGAUCUUUCAGCAGCUUACAGCUCCAAUGAGAAACUUGCUCCACACUCUAAGUAUGGACUUCAAUUGAGUCCUUGUGUCUUGUUUUCUCUUCCACCCCAUUGAAUUGCCAAUCGUGCUAACUUUUUCGAGUAAAACACGUGAAGGUCAGCAUGCCAAAUCCAAGCAAUGCUUGUUCCGCAACAGAUGAGUCAAUCAAAUGGACGUUCUUCCACAAUUGAAUGCACUUCAUGAUGAGUACAAAAACCGUCCACAGAGUGUUUCGAUUCGAUUUCGUACGAAAUUUCCAACCUUCUUCCUUCCUUCCCAAACAAGUCAUAUAUUAGCCAGAAUUCAGUAACCCUCUCUCUGACAAGCCCUUAUUGCAGGUGGGUUUUCACUUUUCACCACUUGUUCUGGACUUGCAUGAUGAUUUUCUUUAUUUGGGGAUGAUAGUGACAUAAAAUAGAGUAGUGACAGGUAGGAAGUUCCUACAUUGAUCACAUGCUGGGGGCCCAGAUGCGCCUAGGUGGAUAGGGCCAAGCCCAUAUCUCAAAAAAUAUUAUUUACCGGUUGGGCCCUCCAAGCUGUGAAUUAAUUGGCCCAAAUAAAGAAGCCCCCAAUGAGAAGCGAGCACGUACUCGAAUAUCCACCACCACACCUGGCUUAUUCUUUGUCGUCUUAUCCAUCAUCAGCCCGACAUAAAAACGACGGCGUAUUGCCUACCUUCCCACUCCCUCGCUUUCUUCCUACUACGGUAUAAUACAAUUUCAGUCACUUAAUUUGUUUUAUUAACCUUUUCGACGCUUCCAAAAGUUUUAUUUCGUCGAUCAGAAAUAAAAAAUCUCGUUUUAAUUUUUAAUUUGUUGGUUCUGGUCUCCCAAUAGAUCUCACUUCUCAGUUUUUAUUCCUUCACAUAUCCUCUCUUCUUCCUCUCCUCUGCUCUCCCUGUUCGCGCUCUCUCUCUCACUCUUCCUCCGUGUACCAGAUCACGAAAAGGUGAGUUCGCUUUUCCAGAUCUUUCCUUUCUUCUCGGAGUUCUUUCAUCGUCCGAUCGCUUUGUUGUUGCCCGCCAUUGGCGAGCUCUUCGUCGUUUCUCUGUGAUUCGGAUCAUCAGUCGGUUAAUCAGUUUCUCCACGGGUCGUUCAAUUUCGUGUUUCUUCGUUGAAUUCCGAUCGAGGAAACUAUCGCAGUGCGCUUAUGGUGGGAGUGAUUGAGGAAGGUAUCGCAGUGCGCCAGUGUGUUUGGGGGACUUCGUUUUUGGCUUUGUUUGUUUCGAUGGGGAUGAGAUUCCGAUUUGGGUUGCGCUUUCUAUUUUCUCGUCUUUGUUUGUCGGUUUGACGUAUACCCGGUCUGUGUCUAUGGCUUGUUUGAAAUCAACUGCUAAAGGGGUGUGUGUGUGUGUGAGUUGAGUGAGCUGAGCGAUGUUAGAAGAUUUGGAGUUUCUUGGUGGAAAAGAGCUCUUCGAUCGUUUUCACAUUCUGGAUUGGGUAGAGGUAGUUAGAGCGUCAUCGAUCAUGUAAUGGUUCUUUCGUUUAACUUGUUUUUUUUUCUUUCUAUUGUAUGUGCGUGAUGAAGGUUGAAAAUGGGCGCUCAAAACAAUCUCGACAUGGAUGAGGGGACGCUGGAGAUCGGAAUGGAGUACAGGACGGUCUCUGGAGUUGCUGGGCCUCUUGUUAUUCUCGAAAAAGUCAAGGGACCCAAAUACCAAGAGAUUGUGAAUAUCAGAUUGGGGGAUGGGACAACCAGACGUGGUCAGGUUUUGGAAGUCGAUGGCGAGAAAGCUGUUGUUCAGGUUUUUGAAGGAACUUCUGGCAUUGAUAACAAGUUCACAACUGUGCAAUUCACUGGAGAGGUUUUGAAAACUCCUGUCUCGUUGGAUAUGCUUGGUCGAAUCUUCAAUGGUUCCGGAAAGCCUAUUGACAAUGGCCCACCUAUCUUGCCCGAGGCGUACCUGGAUAUUUCUGGAAGUUCUAUUAAUCCUAGUGAAAGAACUUACCCUGAAGAGAUGAUUCAGACGGGAAUUUCUACCAUUGAUGUCAUGAAUUCUAUUGCUAGAGGACAAAAGAUUCCUCUGUUUUCUGCUGCUGGUUUGCCCCACAAUGAAAUUGCUGCUCAGAUUUGUCGUCAAGCUGGUUUAGUUAAGCGGUUAGAAAAGUCAGACAAUCUUCUUGAGGGUAGUGGAGAAGACGACAAUUUUGCUAUUGUAUUUGCUGCCAUGGGUGUUAACAUGGAAACUGCACAGUUUUUUAAACGUGAUUUUGAGGAGAAUGGGUCCAUGGAGAGAGUUACUCUUUUCCUGAACUUGGCAAAUGACCCUACAAUUGAGCGUAUUAUCACACCCCGUAUUGCUCUUACUACUGCAGAGUAUUUGGCAUAUGAAUGUGGGAAGCAUGUCCUUGUCAUUCUUACCGAUAUGAGUUCUUAUGCUGAUGCCCUUCGUGAGGUCUCAGCUGCCAGAGAAGAAGUGCCUGGAAGACGUGGAUAUCCUGGGUAUAUGUACACUGAUUUGGCUACAAUCUAUGAGCGUGCUGGACGUAUUGAAGGACGCACUGGGUCCAUCACACAGAUUCCGAUUUUAACUAUGCCCAAUGAUGAUAUCACACAUCCAACUCCCGAUCUUACUGGGUAUAUCACUGAGGGGCAAAUAUACAUUGAUAGGCAGCUCCACAACAGACAGAUCUAUCCUCCGAUCAAUGUUCUUCCAUCUCUGUCUCGUCUGAUGAAGAGUGCCAUUGGUGAGGGAAUGACUCGUCGAGACCACUCUGACGUCUCCAAUCAGUUGUAUGCAAAUUAUGCCAUUGGAAAGGAUGUUCAGGCCAUGAAAGCCGUGGUGGGAGAGGAAGCACUUUCAUCAGAAGACUUGCUGUACUUGGAGUUCUUGGACAAGUUCGAGAGGAAGUUUGUUGCCCAAGGAGCUUACGACACCCGCAAUAUCUUCCAAUCGCUCGACUUGGCAUGGACGCUGCUCCGCAUCUUCCCUCGUGAGCUGCUCCACCGUAUACCCGCCAAAACUCUGGAUGCAUUCUACAGCCGGGACUCGACCAACUGAGCCCCCACUCAACUCUUUCCUAUACUUGUUUUUGGAUCGAGCACCACGAUUGCCCUGCAGCAACAUAUUCCGAGAAGCAAGAGUAAUAAAAGCAAAAUUUGGGU